GCUGCUGCUGCUGCUGCUGCUGCUGCUGCAUCCAGCGGCAAUCCAACGCGUCUGCAGAGCAUGAGCACUUGACUGGAGCUGCAGCGCUCUGUGGGCAUCAGAUGACACGCACUGGUUUCGUCAGAGCGACAAACACUCCGAUGAGAAUUAGGGUUUCAAGCAGUCUCAUCAUUCCUGGCAGGCUCCGCGAUGCCAAUGAGCACACCUGCAACGGCUUCUGGGCUCCAAACAGCUGCUGCAUCCAGCGGCAAUGCCAACGACUCUGUAAAGCAUGAGAACUCGACUGGGGCGGCAGCGCUCUAUCGAUAUCAGAUGGCACGCACUGGUUUCGUCUGAGUGACAAGCAGUCCGAUGAGAAUUAGGCUGUCAAGCAAAUCUCAUCAUUCCUAGCAGGCUCCGCGGUACCCAUGAGCAAACCUGCACCGGCUUCUCGGCUCCGAGCAGCUGCUGCGUCCAGCGGCAAUGCCAACGCAUCUGCAAAGCAUAAGCGCUUGCCUGGAGCGGCAGCGCUCUAUCGGCAUCAGAUGACACGCACUGGUCUCGUCAGAGUGGCAAGCACUCCGAUGAGAAUUAGGGUUACAAGCAGUCUCAUCAUUCCUGGCAGGCUUCGCGAUAUUGAUGACAACACCUUCAACGGCUUCUGGGCUCCACUGCUGCUGCUGCAUCUAGCGGCAAAACCUACGCACCUGCAAAGCAAGAGCACUCGACAGGAGCUGCAGAGCUCUAUCGGUGCCAGAUGACACGCAUCAGUGUCGUCAGAAUGACAAGCACUCCGAUGAGAACGGGUUUCAAGCAGUCUCACCAUUCCUGGCAGGUUCCGCGAUAUUGAUGAGAACACCUGCAACAGCUUCUGGGCUCCAGACUGCUGCUGCAUCCAACGGAAAAGCCAACGCAUGUGCAAAGCAUGAGCACUCAACAGGAGCUGCAGCGCUCUAUCGGAAUCAGAUGACACGCACUGGUCUC